AUGACCACAGUUUUCAUGAUCGCUCGUUGGUUUGGAAUUCCGACGUAUGGAGGUAGCUUUUUCCUGUACUGGGCUUUGAUUAUCUUGACGAUGCUGACUGCUAUAGACGCUGCAGCCAUUUGGAAGCUAGUUCAGUUGCUUAGUGGAACAGCGACAAAUAACACAAGUGGACACGAAUAUACUCUGUGGCUGGCAAUACCAAUAUUUAUUAUGAGCAAAUCAGCGACAAUCCUUUGGAAUUUUCAAGAUUUGAUCGUCAUUUUGAUAAGCAUGGGAUUAACGUCGAGGUACUACAGAAUGAAUUCGUUCGUCAAAUACGUCAUUAGAUACGAGAAACGUGCCGGGAAAGUUAAAAAGUUUGGUACUGAUUACUGUUUCCAAGCAAAUACCUGGUGUAGGAUCAGACAGGCAUACGUGCAGCAGGCAGCGUUAGUUCGAAAGAUCGACGAAGACCUGGGACCUCUGGUGUUUCUCUCCAACUUGAAUAACUUGUACUUCAUCUGUUUGCAGCUGUUUUUGGGUAUUAGACGUAUAGACGGAACAUUAAUCAACAAAAUAUACUACUUCUUUUCCUUGGGCUGGCUCAUCUUACGCGCGUCCAGUGUGGUGCUCUCCGCUGCAGAUAUUAGUUUGCAUUCGAAGCGGGCCUUGCCCUAUUUGCAUUCCUGUCCAAGUUCCGCCUAUAAUAUAGAGAUCAAACGGCUGAAAGAUCAAUUGAGUCACGACGUUAUAGUUUUAAGUGGAAUGGGUUAUUUCUAUUUGGAUCGACAAAAACUUUUACAGGUCGCAGCUGCCAUCGUCAAAUAUGAAUUAAUUUUACUACAAUAUGAUAAUUAA